AUGUCGCAGACCUUCUAUGCCACUCGUGUUUGGCGACUUCUUCCACAACCGGGGAAGAUGAUAGGGCCACUUUGCAUGGCUUUAUCCUCCCUCAACUUUAUGCUGGCUAUGGCGGCUGGAGCGCAUACUCAACUGGGCCAUCUUCCCGGGUACAGAGCUCGCGGUCGAUGGAUGGCGACGUCUGUCUUGAUUGUCAGUGCUUUUCUGGACGUAAUCCUUGCGUCGGCGAUGGUGUACUAUCUUCAUUCCGAACGGAAGAAGAUAUUGGUGAGCAUUGGUUAUCUCGUUAGGUCUACUCGUCUCGUCGACCGCGUUAUGCAAUACACAAUCUGUACCGGAGCUCUAACAGCCGCCGCUGUCGCCAUAUCUUUCUCAGCAGAAACAGGAUCGACUAUCUAUCUCGCAAUAUUUACUUGUCACACCAAACUUUACUCCAACAGUAUGAUUGCCUUGUUGAACGCCCGAACGAGUCUACGGAGUAUAGUCGAUGAAACAUCUAGGAUCAACUUUUCGAGCAGGAUUCUGGGGUCCAGUCGGCAAUCGAAAUCAACCGAUAUUGAAAGUUCUCAGGUCGCCUUGGAGGAGAUAGCAAAGUCGGAGAGUAGUCAUGUAGAGGAUUCUGUUGGAAGCAAGCCAGGGUUGUCUGUGUAA